AUCACAGCCAUUGAGGCCAUGGGUCCUCUCACAGUUUCCCACAAGCCCCAUGCUGUCUGCGUACCAUACCCCGCCCAAGGCCAUGUGAACCCCAUGAUGAAAUUGGCCAAACUCCUCUAUUCCAAAGGCUUCCACAUAACCUUCGUCAACACAGAGUUCAAUCACCAGCGCCUCCUCAAAUCCAGAGGUCUCAACGCCCUUGACGGCUUACGGUACUUCCGAUUUGAAACCAUUCCCGACGGCCUUCCUCCGCCUGAAAUCGAAGGCACACAAGACAUACCUGCCCUUUGUGAUUCCACAAGCAAGAACUGUUUAGCUCCGUUUAGGGAGCUUCUUGCCAGACUCAAUUCUUCCGAACGAUGCCCGCCGGUGACAUGCAUAAUCUCGGAUGGGGUCAUGUCCUUCACUCUAGAUGCUGCAGAGGAACUUGGGAUCCCUGAUGUGUUGUUCUGGACAACCAGUGCUUGUGGCCUCUUGGGCUAUGUUCACUAUGCAUCUCUUAUUGAUAGAGGUCUUUUCCCAUUAAAAGACGAGAGCGAUUUAACUAAUGGCUAUUUGGACAUGGUUGCUGAUUGGAUUCCUGGAAUGAAGAACAUGAUCCGGCUAAGAGAUCUCCCUAGUUUUAUCCGAACGACAGAUAGAGAUGAUUUAAUGGUACAUUUCUUGAAAAGAGAGAGCAAAAGAGCUCGGAGAGCUUCCGCCAUUGUCUUGAAUACUUUCGAUGAGCUGGAGCAUGAUGUUGUCGUUGACCUUGCAUCCUUACUUCCUUCCGUUUACACCAUUGGCCCCCUUCAUUUGCUUGUUAAUCAGAUCCCACAUUCACCUUUAAGUUCCAUAGAAUCAAAUCUAUGGAAAGAUGAACCCGAGUGCCUCCAGUGGCUCAACUCGAAGGAUCCUAAAUCUGUAGUUUAUGUGAACUUCGGCAGCAUCACGGUUGUGACCGCGCAACAACUAGUGGAGUUUGCUUGGGGAUUGGCUAACAGCAAGCAGAGUUUCCUGUGGAUAAUCAGGCCUGACUUGGUGAGAGGUGAUUCAGCCAUGUUACCACCUGAGUUCCUUGAGGAAACUAAAGACAGAAGCAUGAUGGCGAGCUGGUGCCCACAAGAGCAAGUGCUGAAACACCCUGCCGUUGGAGGGUUCUUAACGCACAGUGGCUGGAACUCAACCAUUGAAAGCAUCAGCUGCAGUGUGCCAAUGGUGUGUUGGCCGUUCUUCGCGGAGCAGCCAACGAAUUGUAGGUAUGCUUUCAUUGAAUGGGGAAAUGGCAUGGAGAUUGAUAAUAAUGUUAAGAGAGAUGAAGUGGAGAAGCUCGUUAGAGAGUUGAUGGAAGGCGAAAAGGGUGGAGAGAUGAGGAAGAAAGCCGCAGAGUGGAAGAGGAAGGCGGAAGAAGCCGCAAGUACAGAUGGCUCCUCGUUCUUGAAUUUGGACAAGAUGAUCAAUGAGGUCUUGCUCAAAGGAAAAGGAAACUAAUUCUUCAAAGAAAAUGUAUCAUGGUUUCUAUAAUUAUUGGGCUUAAUUUCAUGAAUAAAACUGGGGAAUCAAUGAUGCAUCAUGCAUUCUCCAGAAAACGUUGCCUUCUGAAGGAAACUUUAAUCAGCAUAUGGCUUCAUCUCUUGUAUUUUGGUUGUGUUGUCCCAAAUUAUCCUCUCAUUUAAUGUAUUUCUUAUGAGAAUAAAAUGAAUAUCAGUCC